UUUACUCUCAUACCAGAAAACAGAUGUGGUUUGGCUCCUUCGUGUGAUGGUCGUUGGCAUUUUUCCAAUUUCACGAAUUGUCGUCCGGCUAAAAGCAGGAGCCCAAACCCCUUCCUCGCGAACACAUCUGACACUGCUUAGUUGCUAAUUUAACCUUUGUUUUGCACGAAUCACAAUAACAGCUGCAAAACGACCGGAUUAUUUCGCUCAGAAACAAUCGAUUGAAUGUUCUUAUCUGCGUGAGCAUUCUGCAGAAAAAUUCCCAUGGAAGAUUACGAGAUUGAAGAAAAAAAGCAGGCAGCAGCAGAUGUCUUGUUCCAAUAUUCACAAUUUGUCAUGGCAUGCAUCGGAGAGGGUGUACGCCCACAUGAAUUAAGGCUUCAUCUGAUGAAGGAACUCUCAGGUAUGCCAACAUCAUUGAAGAAGGUACAGCCUCCGCUCCCUCCUACUGUGCAGCCACAUACACCUUCUCCUGAAAGAGUGGAUAAGGCGUCAUCUUCUGCUGUAGCAGUGGAGACAGACACGGAUCGCAUGCAAGAAUAAACAUUGCAUAACAAUCCAGGCAAUGCAUUUGUGAAUUGGCUUGGCUGGUUGUGUUUGAACUUUGAAUUACCAUGCCAAGGCUUGUAAAUUUUUUUCAUGCAUGUAAGGGAGAUCUGAAUUGAAUUAUUUUCAGGUCACAAAAAAUUUGGCUUUAUGAUUUGCUGAAAGCAUGCUUGAAGGAAACUUUUCUUCUUAGUCUUUAGUCUUGUAUGUGUCAAUCCUAGGUUCAUGCAAGCAUUUGUCUAUUGCCAUAUUAGCUAUUACCUAUUAGAUUGCAUUCUUGUACAUAAACAUCUUGAAGUUGUAUCAGUUCACCUUUUGUGCAAUUCAAAGUACAAUAUGAGAAGUUCCAAAGUCUAUUCUGUUUGUUGAA